AUGGAGAUCAGAUGGAGUUUGGAUGACGUUGUAGGUAAUGCCACAAAGGGGUUACAGGCGAAAUCAAGGUGCCAUGGCAAACCUAGGCGUUCGCAAUGCCUUGGGGAGGCUAGGCAAAGCUCGAGGCGCCAUGGGGGCAGCGCCAACCACCAUGGGCAACGCCAGUCAAGGCGCUGGUCUACAAGGUGCCAGUGGAGGAGGAUUUGUGGGCAUUGGCUCUCGUAUCAUAUAGGGCGGCACCAAAGGCGGAGGAGGCACCCUUGUGCCCUUGGUGUGGCAGGUGAUGCUGACAUUGGCCUAAGCAAGGCCUUUCUCGUGACUGUAGGCGACACGGAUGGAGUCCUGGGUGGCAACGCCAAUAGAGUCCUGGAUGGUGCCCUUUGCACGGGUGGAGGUGACGCCGAUGGAGUCCAAGGCGGUGCCCUUCGCGUAGUUGGAGGCGAUGCUGACGCUGGCCUGGACAGUGCCCUCCACACGAAGGGAGGUGACACCGAUGGAGAUCUAAGUGGCGCCGCAGCUAGAAAUGAUUCAAGGGGCUUGGGCAAUGCAGGCAAUGUGGACAACACCCUUGGCGUGGCUGGAGGAGGUAUGUACGACAUCGGGGAGAAAACUGAUGGCACUAAUACACGCAUAGGCACUGAUGCUCGCACAGGCAAACUGCUUGGUGACAGUUCUGGCUCUAGGGGCAGCUAUCCAAUGUCCAUAGUGGUUGCUCAACCUGACAAGGGUUUGAUGACAACCUCUACAUAA